AGGCACAGCUGUUUAUAUAUUUUGUCGUUUGCAAGCACUGCCUUGGAGUAUUUGGAUUUUGUGCAAUUUAUUUAUGUACUUUUUGAGUUAAAAACCGCAUAAAACAAUGUCGUUUCUAGCGCAAACUGUGCGCCAGAUGAUACGCCACGUGCCCCAUCGCACUGCGGCACUCGCAGGUGGCAUGCGUUCGCUGAGCAUUUCCCCGGCCUUUCUUCAACAAAAUAAACCGGCGACCGAAUCGGUUGAUAGAUCCGCUUUAAGCAAGGAUCAGCACAAGGAGUGCUCGAAUAUAUGUGAGCGGAUUAACCAGCAGGUGGCCAAGUCCGAGCAGGGUCGUCUCUUUGCCGUGGUUCAUCUGUGCGGCAAACAAUUCAAAAUUACUCCAGGGGACAUCAUACUAGUGGAAGGCUAUUGGCCACCGACGAUAGGCGAUGAAAUCAGCUUGGACAAGGUUCUUCUGGCAGGGGCCAGGGACUUCACCCUCGUAGGACGUCCGAUUCUGGAGCCAGGCCUCGUUUCCGUGAAAGCCACUGUCGUGGAGAAGACACUAACGCACACGAAGACACACUUCCGGAAGAAGCGUAGGAAGCAGUAUAUGCGGAUCAACUUCCAGCGGUCUCCCAACACCAUGAUCAGGAUCAAUUCAAUUGAGUUAGCUCGUCCGGUGGAUGGGAAUAGCGAGGCGGAGGUGGAGCCCUCAAAGCGUUUGUUUUAGUUCAAAAAGCUGUUUAUCAAGAAAAAUAAAUCAAAUCGUUUAAAAGGUAA